AUGGCAGAUUAUCUCCAUAUUCUUCAUCUGCACUUCUUUGCUAUUUCUUCAUCCUUCACAGCUGGUGGUGAUGAAGCAAAUGCUCUUCUAAAGUGGAAAUCUACCCUUGAGAUUCAAAGCCAAGCUACCUUGUCUUCUUGGAAUGGAACAGAUCCUUGCAAAAAUUGGAAAGGAAUUACAUGUGAUGAAUCCAUGUCUGCCUCCACCAUAAAUCUUACAAGGUUGGGAAUACAAGGUAUACUUCACAGUCUCAACUCCUCAUCAUUUACUAAACCUCGAGCUCUAGACAUCAGUCAGAACAAGUUCUCAAGAAUUAUUCCUUGCCAAAUCAGCAAUUUGUCUAGUAUUCAUACGCUCAAUAUGAGUCAUAAUUUCUUGAGUGGUUCUAUCCCUCGAGAAAUAGGAGCGUUGACUACUCUGAAUAUGCUUUCUAUUAGUUGGAAUAAUCUCACAGGGAAAAUUCCAAACGAGAUUGGAAUGCUGAGUAAUCUCGUAGUGCUUGCCUUGCAAAGAAACACUUUCUUAAAUGUUAGAAUCCCUCCUGCAACAGGAAAGUUAACCAAACUACAAUAUCUUUCCCUCUUUCAAAAUAAUUUCUCAGGUCCUAUUCCUUUUGAAUUUAGGAAUCUCCAUUCUCUCAUUAGUUUGCAAAUGUCAAAUAAUAACUUGCAUGGUCCAUUUCUAUCAUCUAUAGGAAACGUGGUCAAAUUAGAAGACCUCAAGCUUGGAAACAACACUCUUUCUUGGCCUAUUCCAGCUGCCAUAGGAAAUCUAACGCGGCUCAAGGUCUUAAGUUUGAACAUGAACAAACUGAAUGGAACAAUUCCAAUAGAGAUGAAUAACCUUACUGACUGGAAAAAUUUAGAGCUAACCAAGAAUGAAUUCACUGGCCAUUCGCCACAACAGGUUUGCCUUAGUAGAUCACUUGAACAUUUCACUUCAUGUGCAAACAAAUUCACUAGCCCUAUUCCAAACACCUUGAAGAAUUGUUCUAGCCUUAUCAGACUUAGACUAGAUAACAACAUAUUGGUUGGAAAUAUAACAAUUGAUUUUGGUGUAUACCCACAUUUGAAAUACAUUGAUUUGAGUGGCAAUAAAAUUUAUGGCCACAUUUCAUCAAAGUGGGGAAAGUGUCAUAAUCUUACAUCACUUAGGAUUUCCAACAACAAUCUGUCUGGUAGUAUACCUCCAGAACUUGGAGAGGCAACCAAUCUUGGGGAAUUUAAUGUCUCUUCAAAUCAGUUGACAGGAGAAAUUCCAAAAGAAUUGGGAAAGAUGAUCUCAUUGACUAGACUUUCUUUGAGAAACAAUCAAUUUUCAGGCAAGAUUCCAACAGAAAUAGAAUCGCUAAAUCAACUUGAACAAUUGGAGUUGGCAGCAAAUAAAUUCAUUGGCUCAAUCCCCAAAAAUCUUAGAGGAUUUUAUAGGUUAUGGCUCUUAAAUUUGAGCAAAAAUAAAUUUGGAGGAAGCAUUCCCAUUGAGUUUGGUCGGUUACACGCAAUAACCAUUCUAUCCAAUUUAGAUGACAUGUCAAGCUUGACAAUUGUUGAUAUAUCAUACAACCAUUUAGUAGGACCUCUUCCAAACAAUCUUGCCUUUCAAAGCAUUACAUUUGAGGCAGUAAGGAACAACAUUGGUUUAUGUGCUUUAGUACUAAUAGCAGGUGGAGUGUCUUGUAUUAUGAUUCAAAAGUCAAAGCAAACCAAAAGCCAAGAUGGAGAAGCACUAAAUCUACUUUUUUUCUCCAUUUGGUUUUUUGAUGGGAGAAUUUCGCAUGAAAAAGUUAUUGAGUCAACAGAGGAUUUUAAUGACAAAUAUCUUAUUGGUGUGGGAGCACAGGGAAGUGUUUACAAGGUUGAAUUACUUGAAGCCAAGUUUCUAAAGCUUGACUCGAACAACAUAACCUCAUUUGUUGGUGCUUUUAGCCCUGCAACUCCAGGCAAGGCCACUUUCUCUAUAGCCAAGCAACUUUUUUUUAUCAUUCCAUACUACGCCAUUCUAAUGCAUGGUACAGAGAGUGCUUUAACAAUGCAAGCAAAUGAGAAAUGUGAUGUAUAUAGUUUUGAAGUUCUUGCAUUGGAAAUCUUAAUUGGAAGACAUUCAGGGGAGCUUAUUUAUUCUUUGAGAGAGAUUUCAACAAUGUAUAAUCUGCCACUUAAGGAUGUGUUAGACCAACGACUUCGUCCACCCUCAAACUUGGUUGCUGAGGAAGUAAUGUUGAUUGUGAAAAUAACUCUUGCUUGUUUGAAUGAAAGUCCUCACUGUCGUCCAACCAUGGAACGAGUAUGUUUGGAACUUGAGGGGCCUAACCAUUAUUCUGUGAACCAAUUUGGCAAUAUCACACUUGGACAACUCAAGAUAGUUUAA